UGUGUGUGUGAUUACAGGUCGAGACCUAGCCAGCACCACUCUACCAGGCUACCCUCCACAUGUUCCUCCAACUGGACAGGGCAGCUACUCCACCCCCUCCCUCACUGGCAUGGUACCUGGGGGAGAUUUUUCCGGAAGUCCUUAUUCCCAUCCCCAGUACUCCACGUACAAUGAAUCGUGGAGAUUUCCAAACCCCAGUUUAUUAGUGUUUCAGCAGGAUUAUGGGUCUCUCCUGGGGACGGAAAUCGGCUGCUCCUCCAGUCUCUUCACCAGCCAGGCGGGACAGAUGCAAGGGUCACCGUACUACUACGGAGCAACAUCACGGGGCGCGGGCCCUGCUGCCACUGCAACAGCCUCCGCAUACGACCGCCACUGACCCCUCCUACAGAGAGAAGAGGAGGAUGAGGAGAGGGAUACAAGGGAGGGAGGAAGGGAGGGGACGGAUAGCACCAGCUUCGCUCAGUCAACAAAAAAAAAAACUGCCUGCCUAAGUGCAAAAUGAGGAUGAAGAUUUCAAUUAUAUGACGUCAGUAAAGUUCACAUUUUCUUUAUAUGACACUCAAACCAACACUUUGCAUAACUUAAUGUGAGGAACUAGGCAUGGCAGAGACAAAUAACGGAUGAUAAGAAGAAAUGUUCACCCUUCCACAAUGCAACAAGGCAUGUUAUCCCCAUUUUUUCUUUUGAACCAAUCAUCUACUAAUCCAAGAAGUCAGCAGAGCAGUGACAGAAACUGUAUUGUGAUUUUCUGGGUAAAACAAAGUGUUUUCAGUUAUUUGUGAUUAAAUUCUUUGAGCUGAUUCAAGAAAAAAAAAAAAGAAACACUCAUUCAAGCAGUCUUUUUAUGCCCCCCCCCCCCCCACAUCAAUCAAUCAAUUUUCUA